UACACCCUAUCACUUGUCAUCGCCAAAAGUUUUCGACGGUGUCGGCAAUCUCGCUCCUCUCUCUCCCCCGAGAAAGCGAAAGGGCUUUCUCGCUCUAGAUUUCUCAUUCUCUGUCUCUCUUCUAGAACAGAUCCAAAUAUGAUCUGAUCACCUCAAAUCUUUAUCUAUACACGCAUCAAUUUCAACGUUUGAUUUCAGUUUCUGUAGAUUCAAUUGAAGAGAGUUCUUAAUUAUCUACGAUCUGAUCGGAAUCGGAAAAUGGCGGCAUCGAGACGCCUCCGAGACCUACAAGCGCAAUCGGGGAACAAGAUCUGCGUCGACUGCGCUCAGAAGAAUCCUCAAUGGGCGUCGGUGUCGUACGGCGUGUUCAUGUGCUUGGAGUGCUCGGGGAAGCACCGCGGUCUCGGAGUUCACAUCAGCUUCGUCCGAUCGGUCACCAUGGAUUCGUGGUCCGAGAUCCAGCUCAAGAAAAUGGAGUCUGGAGGUAACGAGAAGCUCAAUAGCUUCCUCUCUCAGUACGGCAUCGCAAAAGAGACCGAUAUCGUCACCAAAUACAACACCAACGCCGCCUCCGUCUACCGCGAUCGCAUCCAAACCCUAGCCGAGGGCCGCCCCUGGCGGGACCCUCCUGUGGUCAAGGAAAGCCUCGGCGCCAGCAAAAAGAAACCGCCGUUGAGUGGCGGCGGCGGCGGUAGGAAUGGUAAUUCUGGGGGGAAUUGGGAUAGUUGGGACAAUUUUGAUGAGGGAGGGUUCAAAUCGUCGGCGGAUGUGAGGCGGAACCAGUCGGUGAGCGAUUUCAGGAGCGGCGGUGGCGGCGGAGGGGUUCCGUCGAGGUCGAGAUCGACCGAUAAUAUUUAUACGAAGGCGCAAUUGGAGGCUUCGGCGGCGAAUAAGGAGAGCUUUUUCGCUAGUAAGAUUGCGGAGAAUGAAUCGAAGCCUGAAGGUUUACAUCCAUCGCAAGGUGGGAAGUAUGUUGGUUUCGGAUCGAGUCCGGCCCCAAUGCCCAGAAAUAAUUCUCAAGGCGAUGUACUUUCUGCCGUUUCUCAGGGAUUUGGUAGGCUAUCUAUGGUUGCUGCAUCGGCGGCACAGUCUACGGCAAAUGUUGUUCAAGUUGGCACAAAGGAGUUCAGUUCAAAGGUGAGAGAGGGGGGCUACGAUACCAAGGUGAACGAAACGGUCAACGUUGUCACUGCAAAAACAACAGAGAUUGGACAAAAGACAUGGGGUAUCAUGAAAGGGGUCGUGGCAUUGGCCACACAGAAAGUAGAGGAGUACACCAAGGAAGGAGGUGCCAGCUGGAAAGCCGAUGGCUGGCAACAAAAUGAAAGUGAGAGAAAUGGGUAUUAUCAGGAGUUUUCAAAAGAUUCAAAAAGUUCCAGAGGAGAGCAGUCUUCAACUGGUGCACAUUUUAAUUCUGUCAGCUCAGGCUCUUGGGACGAUUGGGACCAUAAAGACAAUAAGAACGAAGAAUCCACAAAGGGUGCGGUGUCUAGUAAUGGGGAUGGCUGGGCAGGCUGGGACGAUGGUAAGGAUGAUGGAUUCGAUAAUUUCUACCAGAGUGCAUCAUCAUAUACGAAAGCUGUUGGUCACAAUGGAAAAUCAGAUACCAAGUGGAGUGACGGUGGCUUUUUCUGAGGUUAGUAUAUUAUCAUCGACUUUUCUUUCUUUCUUUUUUUUUCUUUUUUCUUUUUUUAAAUUGAUUUUAAAUGUGUACUUUUGCUGGGAAUGGGCAUUUCUGUAUGAGAAUUGUUUACAAUAUGUAUAAUGGUUAACAUUGUGGGCUAAAUUGCCCAACUAAAGAGGACAACAGCUGCAAUUGAGUGUGAGGAGUCCUGUUUGUGACUCUUAAAUUUAGAACGGUUUCUGAUUUGUGAUGACUAUUUAAUUUCUAUGUAGAUUUGAAUUUUUU